UGGAUUCGUCCAAUUGUGGAACCCUGGCUUUUUUGAGAUUGCUCCUAGGGCUUGUGUCUGACGGAGGAAGCGGGGGAUGCUGCGUGAGAGCUACGAUGUUAGGGGUUAUGUCCCCUCUCGCAUGAUGCGUGUCGACGGGCUGGGAUCGGAGCGGAGCUGUGGGUUGUCUUGGUAGAGUUUGGUUGGGUAGGGAGUGCAUGGAACGAUGAGGAGGUCGGAGACAUUUGUUGAUGCUGAAAGGUAUAAAGAGUGGCUGCUUUCCGUCCGUCUUCGAGAUAUCAGAAAAGAGACCAUCAUUUCUUAAACUUCAUCCAUUACCGCUCAAUUCGAAUUCAAUUCAACUCGGAACGCUCAUCGUGACUUCAAACCAAAAGGAUACAGUACAUAGCGAUUGGUUCUGAAAAGUAUCAUUCGACAUCAUGGCACCUCACACGGGACUGUUCAUCAACAACGAGUACAUCGAUGCCACUUCCGGCGAAACCCUCACCAUCCGCAGCCCACAUGACGACUCCCUUGUCGCCGACAACGUGCAAGUAGCCAGCUCUGCCGACGUCGACAAGGCCGUCAGCGCCGCCCGCGCUGCCUUCAAGGGCGAGUGGUCGACAUGGACGCCUGAGCAGCGCCGCGUCGUAAUGAUCAAGUUCGCAGACAUCGUGGAGAAGAACGCGGACGAGCUUGCGCAGUGGGAGACUAAGGCUAUGGGCCAGCCGAUCAGCGUUUCGAGGUCUAUUAUUGGGUUCUUGACCGCGGCUUUCAGGUACUACUCGGGCUGGACGGACAAGAUCCCAGGAGAGCAGUGGCCGGAGAACGAUGGAAGUUACAGAAUCGUCCAGUACGAGCCCAUUGGUGUCUGUGCUGGCAUCGGAGCUUGGAAUGGGUCGCAGAUCUUCUUCGGGUUCAAGAUUGCGGCUGCGGUGGCGGCGGGUUGCACGUUCAUCUACAAGCCGUCCGAGAAGUCGCCAUUGGGUGUGCUUCAGCUCGGUGCUCUGAUCAAGGAGGCUGGUUUCCCUCCAGGUGUCGUUAACAUCCUCUCUGGAGAUGGACGUGUCGGUGCCGCACUGGCGAGCCACAUGGAUAUCAACAAGAUCUCCUUCACUGGCAGUGUCUUCGCUGGUAAGAAGGUCCAGGAGUUGGCAACCAAGAGCAAUCUCAAGCGCGUCGUCCUCGAGCUCGGAGGAAAAUCGCCAUCCCUCAUUUUCGACGACGCAGACCUCGAGAACGCCCUCACCCAUUCCUCGCAGAACUUCCUCUUCAACACUGGCCAGGCCUGCGUUGCAGCGUCCAGGACCUUCAUCCACGAAUCGAUCGCCGACAAGUUUGUCGAGCAACUCAAGGCACGAUUCGAGCAAUUCAAGCACGCAACUGGCGACCCGUCCGACCCAAAGACAUUCCUGGGCCCCUUGGUGGAUGAGAAGCAAUUUGACCGGGUCAUGGAGUUCCUGGAGAUCGGAAAGAAGGAGGCCCAGCUCGUGACCGGAGGCGGCCGCCACGGCGACAAUGGAUACUAUGUCGAGCCCACCAUUUUCUUGAAUCCCGGUGAUGAUGCACGAAUCUACCGGGAAGAGAUCUUCGGACCCGUCAUCACUCUCAGGACGUUCAAGACAGAAGAGGAGGCUAUCAAGCUGGCAAAUGACACUGCCUUUGGACUAUCAGCUUGUGUGUUUACGAGCAGCAUCAGCCGUGCUCUGCGUGUCUCCAAGGCAAUUGAGUCCGGCAUGGUCAACGUCAACUCUUCGCAGACGUUCGGUAUGGAAGCACCAUUCGGAGGGUGGAAGCAAUCUGGGGUCGGAAGAGAGGGUGGCAAGCAAGGUAUAAUGCACUACCUCGAGUCCAAGACCAUCUCUAUCAACAUGAAUGUCUAAGUACGAGAUACGGAGUACAUAAUUAAUUAGUUGCUGUAAUCAUGGCUCGGUGGGGGACGUGAGGAAGGGAAAUUUGACAUUGGCGGUGAGGGCAAAGGAGAGGGAGAAGGGGGGGUUGGAAAGGCCGCAUUGCAUUUGUAGGGCCAAAUUGUGGGUAGUCGGUUUCGCAAUUGUUUAAGCCA